AGCGUAUGUAUGCUUAAUUCUCGCGUCUAUUACUGAUUUUUUUUUCCAGUAUUGGUCUGAUAGACUAUACAUCGAAAUCAUCAAAAGAAAAAGAUAAUUUUCGUUUGGUUUUAUUUAUAGUAGUAGCGAGAAGAAUUAUGAAAGAAAAUAUUUCAAAGCUAUAUAGUAAAUAUUCAUUCGUCACUUUUUUUUCAUAAAGCAUUUAUUUUCAGCUAGAACUUUCAGGUUGAAUGUGGUUGUGACUAUGUAUACGAGGAGAAUACGAACAUUCACAUCCACCUCCAAAUAGUCUUAGUCUGAAAAAUUGAUGAAAUGAUUGCGUUGUAUCUUGUGAUAUAUAUUAUUUUGAAACAAAACAUACUGAAUAGUGCUAUAAGAUGAAAAACAAAAACUGACCAUUUAUUGUGAUCUUUUCGUUGUAUCACUUUAAUUGGUAUUACUUUAUUUUUUUUUUGUAUCUCCAUUAUCAUUCUCAAGACAUGAAAACAGCCAUGUGAUAAGAAUGUAAUUCACUUUUUCGACUUAUGAAUCGAUCUAUAUAUAAACAUAAGGAUUAAAAGACAUCUGUUUCGACUCUAUAUAUUUAUCAUAUUUUUAAUAGGCAUUGCUUUCCACUGUAAUUGUAAUAUUUUUCUUGUGCAGUUUGCUCGUUAUUGUUGUCUCCUUUAAUAAUAUCGUUUAUGCAUGUGAUAAAAAUUCAAAUCAAGAUGCUUUAGUUGUUGCUGUUGGAUCAUUUCUUUCAGCAAGCAAUGAACAAGGUAUCAAUUGGUCACCUUCAGAAAUCAAAGGUCAAAUGACAUUUAAUACAGUACCAUGUUGA